AAUUUAACCGCAUGAAUAACGCUAAAUGUGAACACGCAUAUUUCGCUGGAUUUUAACCUUGGUUUUGUCCUCAUCAUUGGUAUGACUAAAUCAGUGAUCACAUUGUGGACAUGUCUUCUUCACUAACUAAAAACCAUCGAUUAAUUUUACUUGGAAACGCGUCCAAUUUGAUCAACAUUUGUGCGAUAUUUUUCUUUGGCAAAGUUUAAUAUAUUUCUAAAUAAUACAAACGGAAACCAAAAUCUGUAAAAAGCCGCCUACUGCACGCCAAAUUUCCGAGUCUGAGAACACCUGUCGUUUCGUACAAACCUCGCAACUAUAUUGUUAAUGUUUCAUUGUGAAUAACACCGCGGGAAAUAACUAAAGAGCAACGUGGGAAAGAAUGGUCUCAUCACGGCAUGAGAGUGAGAACAUAUUCAACAUAAAAUAUAAACAGAAAUUGAUGUUUACCAUAUCACAACAACUUUCGUUUCAAGUAUUUCUGAUUUCUUGAUCGACAAUCGAUAUUCCAAGAACUUCGCAACAAAGACAAAGUUUUAGUUGCAGAAAUUUUCUCUGUUCUUGAAUUAUUGGAUUUGUGGCAACAAUUCAAUGGGAAUGAACAACGUCAGUUAGAAAUUAGAGUUGAUUUUACUCGACAUAUCGUUGGGGGUAUUGAAGUAUCAUUGUGCAAUCGAUCAUAUUGGUAGAGAUCAGACUGAGGAUUUUUUGAAGAUGAUACCUCUUAUUAUGAAUCUGUGAAUCUCUACACCACAUCAUGGUCAUGUAUCUUGUAGCCAUAUUUCUACUCCUGGCAUUCUCAACAAAGUCGUUGGCUAGCGUGAAGUUCACCAAGACUUGUCCUCACUCCUGCAUCUGUAGCGGAACGUCAGCCAGGUGUCGUGAGGUCACAGACUACACCCUUCCAGCUGUUCUGAGGCAACUCCCAAGCGACCUCACUAAUUUGGACCUCUCUUUAUGCAGUUUGACUCGUCUGAAAAAACACACGUUUCGGCGUUUUGGUAAAUUGGAGUUUCUAUCCCUUGAUGAAAACAACAUUGAAAGUCUCGAAAACGGUUGCUUCAAUGGUCUAAUCAAUUUAAGAGAACUGGACCUGCGUAAAAAUGGCAAUGAUUUCACAUUACAAGAUGAGGUCUUGAAAGAUACUCCAUUUCUAACCAAACUACACCUUGAGGGUAACCGAGGAAUCACAUCACUGCGCUUUCUCAGAACUAUAACCAGUUUACGAGAAAUUUCCGCGGAUUCUCUGAGUACUUGCUUACGUUGCAACUACAAAAGAAUUUCCAGAAACGAGCGUUGUCUAAGUCCUAGACGUUGCCUCGUCUCACGGGAGGAUCCUUUUGAGAAUACGUCGUGCACGUGCUCUGAAUGUAAUCCUAUCAAUACCGGAAUGUCUACGGAGAAUUGCACCGAUGAAUUUCCGAUACCGCCAAGGAUUCUCGGAGAUAAUACUGCUGUUCGCGUUGUAUUAUGGGUAAUAUCGACUCUUGCGUUAGUGUCGAAUCUAGCGUUGAUUGGCACUUGGAUAUAUACGCAUGCCCGCCGACAAAAGUCGCUGAGUAUUUUUAUCGUUGGCUUAGCUCUCUCGAAUUUAUUUGUGACCUCUAGUGUUCUCACCCUUCUGGUUGCUGAUAGUCACCAGUCUCCGAGAGACGAGACAAGUGCCCUUGGCGAAGGAAAUUGGUCCCAGUCUGUUUGUAGCUCGGUUUAUUUCCUUAAGCAUUUUGGGAUAUAUUCAUUUGUAAUUACUCUGACUUUGAUUAUACUGGAGCGAUUUUCAAAACUGGGUUACAAACUAUGCAUUGCUGCUGAUAUCUCGUUCCGUCGCUCGGUCGUGUACACUGCCGAGGCCUGGGUGCUAUCAUUCUUGCUAAUUAUUCCACCCUGGACGCGGGUAACGACCUGGCACAAGUUUUGUAUGGCGAAUUAUGAAAUGGUGUUCGCCCAAGUGAUGUAUAUCAUAUGCGGUUUACUGGUGUUGGGUGUCUGUUGCUCAAUCCUAGUGCAGGUUUGCCUGCUAUUUUGGCGCCGGAUUCUCACCCAAAAUUCGGGCACACGAAAUAAAGAAACCCGCACAGACAUUCGCCUGGUUAUAGCGGGCGUAGUAACUUUCGUGAUGAUGGGCAUUCCUCAUUGUUCUGUCGCUAUUCUGCAAAUAACCAAGAAAGAAUCCGGAACUGAGGUGGUUACCAUUCUCCUGGUGAUAGCAUGUCUUCUGCAGUCACUUAUAUUUAUACACUACUCGCCAAAUGCAAUCCGCUUGAGCGACACAUUAUCCACAAAAAACAUGGAGUGUACAUGUGGAAAAUGUAAUGUUGAACAAUUCUACUGCACGAAGUACUCGCUUGACUCGCUCAAUCAACCGAAAUCCCCUGACACUUAUGCGGAAUAUGGGGAUGAAUACGAAAGCCAGCGACCCUUUCCGAAAGCUAAAACUACAGAACAUGUUUCGGCCGACUCUCUUCUUGAUUUAGACACAUGGACGUCGCGCAGCACGAAGACAAAGUCCUGGAUCGAGUCGUGUGACUAUGAAGAUCUGAGAAAGAUUAGAACCCAACCAUGGGUUCAAUGUUCGAGACAGGGCAGCAGUUCUCAAGAGAUCAUAAGAAAGCCACGUGCUCUGACGUGGAGCGAUAAAUAUGGCGGGAAGUCUACUUCAACUUCGGGUGUUAAUGACGUAUCAAGUGUGACGUCUUCGUCUUCCGAGCAUGCGUCGAGCAUCUCAAACCGUGCUCGGUCAAGCUCAGAACGAGAACGCUCUUCAUCUGAUCGCACGCCGUCGGUAGGAGUCGUCACGAAAGAAAACACGAUGGUCAGAAUAGAACCUGAACUUCUGACAGUGGAGCACGAAGUUGCCACAACAGAACACGAAGCGGAUGAUGAAAAAACAUGUGAACACAAAAGAAGGUCGAAGCGCUUGAGUUCCUUGCGAGGUCUUAUACAACGAGCGCUUUCCCCAAAACGCCAAAGAUCUAAAUCUUUGCCUGAAAAAACUGAGGAAUGUAUUAAAAAGUUUGAACGCUCUCAAUCAGCGCCGUUUGCGGAGAUAACACUGGAAAAACCCGCAAAACUCAACAAUAUUCUUACAAUUGAGAUUCCACCAGAGUCUAAAAAUGUUGGACCGGAGUGCGUACACGAAAAGACUGGUGAGAGUACAUAUAUGGACCGUCUAGCAUCUUUCUUCAUCCUAGCACCCGCAAAAUCCCCCAAAUACCCACGAAAACCUACGCUCUCCCCUAGUAAAUCGAAGCCAGUAGGUGUAAGUUCUCCAACUCCAUCGCAAAAAAGCUCAAUGGCAGAAAGACUUGCGAAAAGUUUAUCUAUCGGUAGAAAAUCCCCUUCACAUGAACCCGCAUCACCCGGGAAGACGAUCGCCCUAGAAGCGGGUGAUAUCCUCACCGAAUUACCAGUCAUGCGAAGACACAAACUCAGAACCAAGCCCCGAGAUGCGAUGGCGCGCAUAAGUACUGCUUCGACUGGUUCAACUGGCUCUGCCACGACCAGAUACAGCAUGGAAUGGGAUCCAAUUGGAUCUGUCGAAGGUUAUGCCGAACGCGAAGUUUUACCCCCCUACCCACCAAUUAAAACCCACAACGGUCACCCCCCUGUAAAUGUAUCGAGGCCUGUGUCUAGUGUCCAGCUUCCCGAGCAACCCAAAUCCACUGAGCGAACUAGUUUGUACAGUUUGGAUUGGGAUCCAACUUCUGUCCAAUUACGGAACAGUGUUGUUUCACGUGAUAGUUUAGGAUCACUUGGGGAUCUCAGUGACGACGAAGGACAGAUGUAUGAUAUAGAAGAUUGUGAAGGAUCGAAAGGUAAAACUGUGUGGGUGUAAACUGUUAAAAACUGAGAGAUGUACAAUAAUUUAAGGCGGUUUCACCAAGAAUAUCAUACUCAGUAGCAGAUGAUGAUCAAAUUACAGCAAUAGAAUG